AUGGCUAAUAAAGAAGCUGUUGAGGAACUUACUAAGAAGAUCGAUGAGCUUGCUAGAGCUCAAGAUGAUUCAAAUAAGAAGAUGGAUGAACUCACUAAAUCUCAAAGUGAUUCUUCAGUCAAAUAUGAUGUUGUUAUGAAAUCGGUUGCAGAGAUUAAAGACGUUCAACGUCGCCCUACUGUUGAGUUCAUGAGUGUGAUUAAUGCUGCUUUCAAUGUUCAAAUGGACCGUUAUAUUGAAGCUUCAGACAGGAGGAACUUAAAUCGAGACACACAGGCUGGUUCUUCUGAUGGAGUUUUGGGUCCUCCACCCAACGGAAACCCAUUUAAUUCAGGUGAAAAUAUCAUACAACCUCACUAUCAAUAUACUCUUGAGAAAAAUCAAUUUCUUCAACCAAUACCUAAGAUAGAAUUCCCAAAAUUUGAUGGUACCAACCCCCGAUCUUGGAUUCGUAAGUGUAGAAAUUUUUUUCUUCUUCAUAAUAUGUCAGAUCCACAAAUGGUUAAUAUAGCUUCCAUGUAUCUAGAAGGAAAAGCUGACAUAUGGUUUCAAAAUUAUCAAAUUGGUAAACCAUUAAUAACAUGGGAUGAUUUUGUUAGGGAUAUCUGUUUACGUUUUCAAGAGGUUGGUCAUGAUGAUGUUGUAGGGGAAUUUAACAAACUCAAUCAACUUGGAUCAAUCCUAGAUUAUCAGGAGGUCUUUGAGGAGUUGAAAGCAUUAAUGUUAGCAAAAAAUCCUCACCUCACUGAAGCAUAUUUUACUUCGAGUUUCAUCAGUGGAUUAAAGGAUGAACUCCGGUUGCACGUUCAGAUGUUUUCACCAAAAUCACUUUCUAAUGCAGUAUACUUGGCUAGAAUGCAAGAGGCACUCCUUGAGAAUGCACCCAGAAAACAAAAAUUCCAUUACAGACUCCCACCAUUAUCUGUUCCAACCAAUUCUUCUCAAAGACAACCUAUUUCACCAGUUACAAGCCCCACCAACCACUCCCGAAAUUUUUCAUCACCUGUUGUCACUUCUACACCACCUAUUAAGAAGUUUUCAUAUGCAGAGAUGCGCAAAAUACGAGAAAAGGGUCUUUGUUAUAACCGCGAUGAAUUUUUUCAAGCUGGCCAUAAGUGUCUUAAGCAACAAAUUUAUAUGUUGGUUGCUGAUGAUGAAGAGUCGACACUAUCUGGUGAAGAAUCACCUGUUGAAACUCCAUUGUCUCCUACUCUAGAAGAAGAAGUCGAGAUUUCAGUUCAUGCUCUAGCUGGCAAUGUCUCCCACAACACUAUUCGGAUAGAGGGAGCUUCUAAGAAGCAGCCACUGACAAUCUUGAUAGACAGUGGAAGCACUCAUAGUUUUCUCGACCCAGCUGCAGCUGCUAGAUGUGGAGGGAAUCUUGUUCCUACAGCCUCAUUGUUAGUAGCAGUAGCAAAUGGUAAUAAAAUGGUUAGUGAUGCUAAGUGUCCAUCUUUUAAGUGGCAAAUGCAGGGACACCAAUUCCAAUUUGAGAUGCGUCUCUUAACCUUGGGGGGCUGUGACAUGGUGCUUGGAGUGGAUUGGAUGAAAGGCAUGAGUCCAAUGGUUUUUGACUUCAAUAAACUGACUGUAGAAUUCUCUCUGGAGGGGCAGCCCAUCAAACUUCAAGGUAACAGUCCUACAACUCAGAUUUCUAUGAUGACUGGUAAGGCUUUGCGUAAACGGGUUAGACAGAAUAAACAUGGAAUGGUUGGUAGGUUAUUUGCUAUUACUGCAUGUGAAGAACAAACUGUGACCCCUACCCCCAUUUUACCCUUAUUACAAAAAUAUGAAACUGUUUUUCAAGAACCCAACACUCUUCCUCCAUCUAGGGCUCAUGAUCAUCAUAUUCCAUUAAAACCACUCACUACACCUCCAAACCAAAGGCCUUAUCGUAUUCCUUAUAUUCAGAAGGAAGUAGUAGAACAACUGGUGCAGGAAAUGCUCAAAACUGGUGUGAUACAACCUAGUAGAAGCCCUUUCUCUUCUCCAAUAUUACUUGUUAAAAAGAAAGAUGGCAGCUGGCGAUUUUGUGUCGACUAUAGAAAGUUAAAUGAAGCUACUAUUAAAGACAAAUACCCUAUUCCCAUUAUAGAGGAGUUAUUGGAUGAGCUAUGUGGUGCAAAGGUGUUCUCCAAGAUAGAUUUACGCGCAGGGUAUCAUCAGAUUCGUGUGUUUCCUGCAGACACAUACAAGACGGCCUUUAAGACUCAUCAAGGGCAUUAUGAGUUUAUGGUGAUGCCAUUCGGCUUAACCAAUGCUCCAGCCUCCUUCCAAGCAUUAAUGAAUGAUGUUUUUCAGCCGUACUUGAGGAAGUUUAUCUUAGUGUUUUUCGAUGACAUAUUGCUCAGUAAAUGCACUUUUGGUCAACCAAAAAUCGAGUAUCUGGGACAUAUCAUCAGUGGUGAAGGAGUCAUAGCUGAUCCUAUAAAAAUCUCUUGUAUGCUCAAUUGGCCAGUACCAACUACCUUGAAGGAGCUGAGGGAAUUUCUGGGCCUUACAUGCUACUAUAGAAAGUUUGUGAAAGCCUAUGGUAUCAUUUGUAAGCCUUUAACAGAAUUACUUAAGAAGGAGAGCUUCAAGUGGAAUGAUGCUGCACAUAAUGCUUUUGAAGACCUCAAACAAGUUGUCACCACCACUCCAGUGCUAGUGCUCCCUGAUUUCACACUUCCAUUUGAAAUUGAGACGGAUGCUUGUGAUACAGGUGUGGGAGCAGUUCUUAUGCAGAAUAAAAGGCCAAUUGCUUAUUUUAACAAAGGCAUGGGAACAAGAUUUCUUUCUAUGUCCACCUAUGAGAAGGAAUUACUUGCCAUUGUGAUGGCAGUUACCAAAUGGAGGCCAUAUUUGCUGGAAAAUCAUUUUACUAUUUACACAGACUAUCAAAGUCUGAAAUAUUUUUUGGAGCAAAGAAUUCACACCAUGGUGCAACAAAAAUGGCUCUCAAAAUUGUUGGGUUAUGAUUAUGUCGUGGUUUACAAAAAAGGAAUUGAGAAUAAAGUGGUUGAUGCUUUGUCAAGGGUACCUCAAGCUUCAUCACCACAAUGUCAACUCAUUUCUCAACUACAGCCUGCUUGGUUUGGAGAAGUGCAAGCUAGUUACAAUUCAGAUACUUUGGCUGCUGAAAUCAUUCCAAAACUCACACUUUCUCCUUCCAGAAAACCUCCAUACACUUUUCUUCGAGGCAUUUUGAGAUACAAUAACAGAGUAUAUGUUGGCUCAAAGGGAACAUUAAGGCAACAAGUAUUGGCUGCAGUCCAUUCCUCAUAUGUGGGAGGACAUUCUGGCACUCAAGCCAGCUACCAAAGAGCAAAAGAGUAUUUUUACUGGGUGGGAAUGAAGAAAGAAUUAAUUCAGUACAUAAAGGAGUGUGACAUUUGUCAGCAGCACAAGGUCUCACACACAACCCCUGGAGGAUUGCUCCAACCAUUACCCAUUCCUGACCAAGCAUGGAAGCACAUAUCCAUGGAUUUCAUUACAGGACUUCCCAAAUAUGAAGGCAGAGAGGUCAUUAUGGUGGUGGUGGAUAGGUUCACUAAAUACAUCCACUUCCUUCCACUUAUCCAUCCAUUCACAGCUGCUUCUGUGGCCAAGGUAUUUCUAGACAACAUUUUUAAACUACAUGGUUUGCCUGCUACAAUAGUAUCAGAUAGAGACAACAUUUUCCUUAGCAAUUUCUGGCAAGAAUUAUUUACAAAAAUGGGAACAGCUUUGCACAUGAGUUCUGCUUACCAUCCAAAAACAAAUGGACAGACUGAAAGAGUAAAUGCUUGUUUAGAAUCAUAUUUAAGAUGCAUGACUAGUUACAUACCAUCUAAAUGGGUUAGCUGGUUAUCUUUAUCUGAAUGGCAAACAUAUGUGCAACUGAAAAGAAGUUUGAAGCUGACAGCCAAAUUCUUUGGUCCAUAUCAAGUCACUGCAAAAAUUGGGAAGGUAGCCUAUAAACUCAAUCUGCCUGUUACUUCAAGGAUUCAUCCAGUGUUCCAUGUAUCUCAGUUGAAGCCAAAGUUGGGAGCAGGAUUGUUACCACAGACUACACUCUCAUCUCUGGACUCUAAUGGCUUCCUGGAGGUCACUCCUUUUCAGAUUCUUUCCACCAGAACUAUAAAGAAGAACCAACAGUUAGUGGAUCAAGUAUUGGUGCACUGGAAUCACUCUGCAGCUGCUCAUGCUACUUUGGAAGACAAGGCUCUCAUCAAACAACAGUUUCCAAAGCUGAUUCUUGAGGACAAGAAUCAAAUUGAGUAG